AUAUUAUGUAUUUAGUAUAUUUAUUGAAGUGUUAUUAAACAUAUACUUUUUAUUUGAUACCUUGGUUAAACUCUUUUUUGCUGUAUUGGGGGAGUUUUCGGUUCGAUUGAUACGAGCAUGUUCUUUAAGGGUGGAUUGGAUCGUUGGUUGCUGGUUUCGCCCGUGGCAUUUCACCAGUUAGCAACAUCCUCAUUCAAAGUCGUCUUGGUGCGCGAUAUGUUGCGUUGAUUGGAGUAAUUGGAGCUUCAGCUGCUUUGCUAGCAACGUCAUUCGUUCAUAAUGUGUAUGUGAUGUUUCUUACCUACAGGUUAGAAUAAACAUUAAGUAAAUAUAUACGACCUAAUGAGCGUCUUUUAAACCGCUCUAAAAACUUUUGAUCUGCCAUAUUUCUUUUCUCGCAGUAUUUUAUUUGGCAUAAGUUUUAACUUCAUUAUAAACUCGGGCACGGUUUUGCUUGGCGCAUACUUUCCUAACGAGAAUCGGGCUCUUGCCACUGGACUUGCUUCAAGCGGGAUGUCGUUCGGCGCCUUAUUAUCUAAUGUCAUAUCCGAGGUUAUUGUUACAAAGCUUGGAUGGCGGCACAGAUUUCAAAUAUUUGCAUCAAUCAUUUUUGUAGUUGGCUUACCAUGCGUAGCUACAUUUAAACCCGCAAUUGAAAGCACAUCUUCACGUGAAGGUAUCUUUAAACAAACGCCAAGUUGCUAUUUCUUUUUAAUAUGUUUUUUUUUAGAAAAUUCCGAUACGAUAGUGAUCACCAAGUCAAACAGAUGCGAGGCGUUGAUAACUUUGUGUAAAACACCCGCCUUCUAUUUGUGGUUGUUUGCAACUUUAUGCUGGAGUGUAAGCUACUACCUGCCCAGCGUCUUUCUUAUUGAUUACAUGGAAAGUAUCGGUAUACCUUCUGCAACCGGAGCUUGGGUAUUAACUGCAUACGGGGUUACCUCUUUUGUUGGCAGAAUACUUGCCGCUGUUAUCGGUGAAAAGAUUAUGGCUUACGGUUCAAUGUUUGGGGAAGAUUCAUGCAGAAGAUUUAGUCUUGCGUCCGUUUAUGUUGUUUGUUCAGUAAUCGCGGGCCUUGUAACAAUGCUAACGCCACAGUGGAAAUAUUUAGGAGUCGUCUACGCUUAUGUAAUAGUAAUAGGGUGUACUACGUCGGCGCUUCAAUCUGUAAUGUUUGCUUCCACGAUGCAAUUCUUUGGAGAUAAACUGGGGAUUGAUGUAUGGGGAUAUGCAAACCUUACGCUGGCCAUAGGCAUGGUAACUGGGCCGGUUGUAUCAGGAGCAAUAUACGACGUCACCGGAUCUUAUGUUUCCGCAUUAUAUAUGUGUGGUGGACUCUUUUUUGCUUGUGCAUUUACCACAUCAAUUCUCCCUAUUGUUCUACGUCACUCUCCACCAAAAUUAGAAGUUAUGUCGGAUGCGGUGAUUCGGAACGACCACGUGACAGAUGUUAUGUAGACUAGAUAUGAACCGAAAUAUACACCUUCUCGUGACAAAAUAAUUGCAAUGGUUUAUUAUAGUGGGGUAAGACGGGACACCUUUUGCAAGUUAUAUAUCAAAAUAUUCUGAACGUGUUUUGAACAAUUAAUAACGGUCUAUGGAAGUCGUAAGAAUGUGGUUUUUAUUAUUUUUAAAAUAAUCGUUCUUUACUAUUAAAUGGGACGAAAAAAUAGAAUAAAAAACCUGGCUUUGUGACACGUUAAUGGUGAAUACGCCGCCUCCAAUCCACGGUUUGAGGCCCCAUGCUGCUACCAAUGUAUUUUAAAUAUCUGAUGUUUAUCUUAAUAUUUAAACGUUCAAUAACAAAAUGAGAAACGUACAUAAUGCAGAUAACGGAUAAAUAUUCAAAAGUUUGUUUUAAUGAAUACCCAAAUAUACAAUGUGAUUUUAAUAAAGAAGGUUUUUGAAAGAAGGAGAGAAAAUAGGUAUAGUUCAAAUGUGUGUAGAGAAAGGCAUCAGAGAUAACCAAACAUAGUUGAUAUUUUUUCAACUCUAAGGCGGCGCAGAAAGGUCAAGUGUAGCAGGUACUCAAGCGCGGAUGGUUGGCGAAUCGAGAGCGCCGAAUGAAUCUGUAUAAGCGGUAUUCACUAUUCAUGUUCUCUUAGCUUUUCUCCUUGUAAAACUAACUGCGGUAUAAGAUUGUUAGUGGGUGGUUUCAGAUUGCGGCCUACACAAUUGGUAAAAAAAUGUUAAAAUAGAUCAAAAUUUAUGGCAUACCGUUAUAAAUUUUACGCCGUCGCUUAUAUAUUUAAUGCCAAAGACUCUGGUAAACAAAACGAGGUAACUUUUUCGUCGCAUAUAUUUACGAUAAAACGGAUAAACGUUAUGUUCAACUAAUUGAUAAACAGAAUAGGACACCAGACAAUUUAAAUACGUGUGGAUGCUCCCCGUCCGAAAACGAAUCCAACUGAUGUGGUAGCGGGCAACGGUACUUCCGUAAAGGUACCACUUCUAGAGAAAUUAUCGUUUAG